UAAAUCUGCGCCUGCGCAACGCAACGGGAAACAGAAACAAUCGCUUGUGAUUCUUCUGAAGUUCUCUUUUCCAUUGGACUUCGAAGAGAUUCUUCAAGUCCACUAGCGAAGAAAAAUAUACCCAAGCAGGUACCCAAAGUUUCAUAUCUUGCAAGACACCGUCAGCAAAACAAUUAUUAUGUCUUACAAUCAACAAAACGGUGGUGGGUACCAAGCACGUACUGGCUUCUCUGGUCCUCCAAGAAGUGGCGACAACAACUUCAAAAACGCCAAUGGAAGCUUUAGAAACAACUCAGGUGGGGGUGGUUAUCAGAACCGUACUGGAAGCGGUGGUUUCCAGAAUCGUAAUGGAAGCGGAGGUUUCCAGAACCGCGGUGGUUUCCAAAAUGGAGGGGGCUUUAGAAGUGAGGGUGGAUUCAGUAAUAACCAAGGUUAUGAUCAAAACGGAAAGGGUUUGAGAAAAGUUGAAUGGGAUAACAAAACAUUGCGUCCAUUCAACAAGGAUAACUAUGUUCCACACCCAGCUAUAGUGAGUCGUUCUUUGGCUGAUGUUGAACAGUACCGCAAACAGAAGGAAAUAUCUGUCGAGGGCGAUGCCCCCAAUCCUAUUCAAAAUUUUGAUGAGGCUAACUUUCCUGAGUAUGUUAUGACCGAAAUUUUCAACCAAGGGUAUGAAGUGCCUACUCCUAUUCAGGCACAGGGCUGGCCAAUCGCUAUGAGUGGGUUGGACUUGGUUGGUAUUGCCCAAACAGGAUCUGGCAAAACUUUGGCUUACAUGUUGCCAGCCACUGUUCAUGUCAAUAACCAGCCCCAACUCAGCUACGGAGAAGGCCCCAUAGUCUUGGUGCUUGCACCUACUCGGGAACUUGCCCAACAGAUCCAAAAAGUUGCUGGUGAUUUUGGAAGGUCUACCCGUAUUCGUAACACUUGCAUUUUCGGAGGUGCUCCAAAGGGACCCCAGGCCCGUGAUUUGGAAAGGGGGGUUGAAAUAUGCAUUGCUACUCCUGGACGUCUUAUCGAUUUCUUGGAAAAGGGAACUACAAACCUGGAGAGGUGCACAUACUUAGUUUUGGACGAGGCUGAUAGGAUGCUAGACAUGGGUUUUGAACCUCAGAUCCGAAAGAUUCUUAGUCAAGUCAGGCCAGAUCGUCAGACUCUCAUGUGGUCUGCUACAUGGCCUAAGGAAGUCAAGAAACUUGCCACAGAUUUCUUGAAGAACCCCGUGCAAAUCAACAUUGGAUCUAAGAACCUCUCUGCGAAUAACAACAUUAUUCAGAUUGUAGAUGUUUGCCAGGAACAUGAGAAGGAAACAAAACUAGGCACUCUUCUGCAAGAGAUCAACCACACAUCCGAAGAAGGCUCCAAAAUUAUAAUAUUCGUUGAAACAAAAAAGAAGGUAGAAGGCAUUACAAACACAAUAAGACGUGUAGGGUGGCCAGCAUUGUCAAUGCAUGGCGAUAAGAGCCAACAAGAACGUGAUUAUGUUCUUAGGGAAUUCAGAUCGGGCAAAUCCUCGAUUCUUGUUGCUACUGAUGUAGCUGCCCGGGGAUUGGAUGUGGAAGGGAUCAAAUACGUAGUAAAUUACGAUUACCCACACACAUCUGAGGAUUACAUUCACAGAAUUGGUAGGACCGGUCGUUCUGAUACCAUUGGAACAUCUUACGCCUUCUUCACUCCCUCAAAUUUCAAACAGGCCAAGGAUUUGGUGUCUGUACUCAACGAGACCAAUCAGAUCGUGAACCCCCAGCUUUCUGAGAUUGCUAAUAAGCUCGGCAACUUUGGUAGAGGUGGUAGUAGAUGGGGAGGCGGCUUCAACAAGGGUUCUGGUGGUUUUAACAAAAGGCCUGGUGGUUUCAAUAAAGGUGUUGGUGGCUUUAACAAACCUAGCUUUUCCGGAUCGAAUUUCCAGAAGAUCGGCGGAUAUAGUGGAGGAUUUAAUAAACAAGCGUACUAAGGACAAUAGGCCUGAAGUCUUGGGUAUUUAUGCAACUUGAGUAAAUUAAAAUUAUCGAUUCAGUAUUCAUCUUCAGAUGCAUUCCAUGCAUCUUUUUAAUGUUUAGAUUGUGGUUUAGAUAUUUAUAUUCACUGCUGUUUAAGGAAUGAAAUAUUAUUUAUUUCCAAUUGUCAACUAAAUCUUAAGGAACUUUCAAGGUUGGUUCUAACAGUAAACUUUAUAUCUUUAACUGUUGUGAGAAAACAAGAAAACGAUCAACAUCUAACUGAAAUUUGAUAAUUUUUUAAAGAAUGAUAUACUUCUUGAGAUUAACAUUUCUCAGAAGUGAUGAGAAUAAGAUGGUCAUUUGUUUUGAGAGUGAAAAAAUAAAACUGAAAGGUUUAUUUGAGACUACUUUACUGAAGACCUCUUUGAUGAUGCCUCUAGUGGAGGUUGAUAUGAAGUUUGUUGGAACUGAACUUUUUUCGAAUUUCUGUAAGGCAGUUUUUUUUCUCUCUCAAUAGGAAUUAUUAUUUAUUUUGACCUGUGAUAGAAUAUAAAUAUUUAUUUUUCGGA